GUUCUGGGUUCUGUUCUUUCUAUAAAUAGACGUUAAGAGAGGUGCUAAGUCUUCUACUUUUACUACUACUACUUGUUCUUGAGAAAUUACAUUACCCCAACCAAGAUCGAUAAUCGAUCGAUUAUCGAAUCAUGGCUCAUGUCGAAACAUUAGAAGGACAAAAACAUGAUUAUGAUGAUUACACCCAAGAUGGAACCGUUGAUCUCAAAGGAAACCCCGUCCGUAGAUCCAAAAGAGGUGGCUGGCGAGCCUGUUCUUUUGUUGUUGUGUAUGAGAUUUUUGAAAGAAUGGCAUACUAUGGGAUAUCAUCAAAUCUGAUUUUAUACUUAACGAAGAAGCUUCAUCAAGGAACGGUCACCUCCGCCAAUAACGUAACCAAUUGGGUAGGCACCGUUUGGAUGACCCCGAUCUUAGGUGCUUAUAUCGCCGACGCCCAUCUAGGUCGAUAUUGGACUUUCAUCAUCGCCUCCGCCAUUUAUCUCACCGGAAUGGGUGUACUCACGUUAACGGUUUCGCUACCGGGUCUUAGACCUCCCCAUUGCGCGGACCCGAAUGCAGCCGACUGCAAAAAGGCCUCCACUUUGCAGUUGGCCUUCUACUUCGGUGCCCUCUACACCCUUGCCAUAGGGACUGGCGGUACGAAGCCUAACAUCUCCACAAUCGGGGCUGACCAAUUCGAUGAUUUCGAGCCCAAGGAGAAGGCGCACAAGUUAUCGUUCUUCAACUGGUGGAUGUUCAGCAUUUUCCUCGGCACACUCUUUGCAAACACUGUCCUAGUAUAUAUACAAGACAAUAUCGGUUGGACCUUGGGUUAUGGGCUCCCCACAUUGGGUCUGGCCAUUUCCAUUGUGAUCUUUUGUACUGGGACCCCUUUCUAUCGUCACAAGGCUCCAGCCGGGAGCCCAUUCACCAAGAUGGCUAGAGUCAUUGUGGCCGCCAUAAGGAAAUGGGAUGUACCCGUCCCGAUUGAUCCUAAACAACUAUACGAGCUUGAUUUGGAAGAGUAUUAUUCGAAAAAAGGAAAAUUCAGGAUCGAUUCGACACCCUCAUUGAAGUUCCUAAAUAAAGCUUGCGUGAAGACGGAAGGUUCCAUUAGCCCGUGGAUGUUGUGCCCGGUUACUCACGUCGAGGAAACAAAGCAAAUGAUAAGAAUGAUACCGAUUCUAGUGGCGACAUUCGUACCGAGCAUCAUGAUAGCUCAAAUCAAUACGCUUUUUGUCAAACAGGGGACUACCCUUGACAGAAAGAUAGGUAAUUUCAACGUUCCACCAGCCAGCUUAGCCGGUUUUGUGACACUAUCAAUGCUCAUAUGUGUGGUUCUAUACGAUCAAUUCUUUGUCAAGCUCGCGAGGAAAAUCACGAAAAAUCCUAGAGGCAUAACACUCCUUCAGAGAAUGGGGAUAGGCCUCCUUAUCCAUAUCAUUAUCAUGACGAUAGCUUCCUUAACAGAGAUGUAUAGGCUUCAGGUAGCCAAGGACCACGGGUUGGUCAAAACAGGGGGACAAGUCCCACGAUCGAUAUUCAUCCUACUCCCACAAUUCAUUCUAAUGGGGACUGCUGACGCGUUCCUCGAGGUGGCAAAGAUUGAGUUCUUCUACGAUCAAGCACCGGAGAGCAUGAAGAGCUUAGGAACUUCCUAUUCGAUGACCACACUCGGGGUAGGAAACUUCUUGAGUAGCUUCCUUCUAUCAACCGUCGCCCAUAUCACGGAGAAACACGGGCGCAAGGGAUGGAUCCUGAACAACCUAAACGCAUCCCAUCUCGACUAUUACUACGCGUUCUUCGCCAUUCUCAACCUCUUGAAUUUCGUCUUCUUCAUGUUUGUCACCAAAUUCUACGUGUACAAGGCCGAGGUAUCGGACUCCAUGGAAAUCCUCCAAGAGGAAUUGCAAGGCCUGAGGCCUCUACCUUCAUCUACCACAGGAAACCAUGUAGAGUCCAUAAAUUGAACUAUAAUAUAUAUGUAUUGGAUUAUGUCAAUAUGUACUAAACUGAAGAAAGGAACGAGAAGAUAUCCAUUUGGAUGUCAACAUUUUCCCUUUGUCUACGAAAGAAUUUAUAUAUAUGUACAAAACAAAAGUUUAUGUUUA